AUUCGAGUUCUUCGAGGAGAAAUAUGGGGGAAAGAGUAAGAUUCCCGAGGAUGUUAGUGGGAAGAUUGAGUGCUGCUCCAGCGGCAGAGGUAAGGUAGUGAUCGGCUCCGGCGAUGGUACCGUUAGCUUACUCGAUCGAGAAAUUAUUCUUCUUUUUAUGGGAAUGUUUGGCUGUUGAGCAAAUGCGGACAAUGAAAGCACUUCAGUUUCCUCUCGAUUGCGUUAUGUGAAACGAAAUUAAGGUUAUGGAAUGUUGGAUUUUAACGUAAAUUUUCUUUUGCUUUUUUUUUUUUUAAGCAAGCUUUAGGAUCCAUUCUUCUAUUCUGAAGUAUUUCUAUCUUCCUCUUUAGCUGAUUUCAAAUGUUCAUACCCUGAUACCCCUCUCCAUUUUAGAGAAUUUCCCACGUACCACAGGGAGAUGGAAAUUGGAUUUAGACUUCUUCGUUUGUAACAGCAUUAUUUUGUUUGAGUUUAAUCUUUUAUUUUGUCUUUUUAGACACUCAAUAUUCAGUUUUUGGUUUUGCUUGAUAUUUUGGAAUGUUUUGCUGCUGACGGUUGAGAAACUGUAGCUAAGAUACAGAAAGCUUUGAAUGGAAGAGCCUUUACUUUAUGGGUAGAAUUCGUUGAUUGAUUACAAUGUCAUUUCAUGUUCUCUUUCCUUUAAAAUCAAACUUAAUGUUUAGUUUUUGUGGUGAAUUCUCAAUUUUUUAUAUUUGACACUGUGGAAAAAAGAUCUUAAGCAUAUAAUUUCUUUACUUAAAACUGCACUUUUAUCAUCAAGAAUCUAUCAAGGAUAGAUCAUUUUUGGCAUUGCAUUUCAUUUCUUUUUUCAUGUGGGAUGAAUCAGCAACGCAACUUCCUUGUGACUAUUGGAGAGGAUGAGCAAAUAUCUCCACAGCAAUCUGCUUUUUGCCUCAAGGUUUUUGACCUUGACAAGAUGCAGCCAGAGGGCACAAGUUCAUCUGUACCUGAUUGUAUUGGAAUACUGCGAAUAUUCACUAAUCAGUUUCCUCAAGCAAAGAUAACAUCAUUUUUAGUGCUGGAGGAAGCUCCUCCAAUACUACUCAUAGCUAUUGGCUUAGAUAAUGGUUGUAUUUAUUGCAUCAAAGGGGACAUUGCAAGGGAACGUAUCUCGCGCUUCAAACUUCAGGUGGAUACUGUUUCAGACAAAAGUGAUUCAUCCGUUACAGGUCUUGGAUUCAGAGUGGAUGGUCAAGCCCUUCAGUUAUUUGCUGUGACACCAAGUUCUCUGAGUUUAUUCAGCUUGCACAAUCAACCACCUAGGCGGCAAAUGCUAGAUCAGAUAGGAUGCGAUGUCAAUAGUGUGACAAUGAGUGAUCGCUCGGAGUUGAUAAUUGGUCGACCUGAAGCUGUUUAUUUUUAUGAAGUUGAUGGGCGUGGUCCUUGUUGGGCAUUUGAGGGAGAGAAGAAAUUCCUAGGGUGGUUUCGGGGUUACCUUUUAUGUGUUAUUGCAGAUCAAAGAAGUGGCAAAGAUACUUUCAAUGUUUAUGACCUGAAGAACCGCUUAAUAGCCCACAGUCUAGCAGUUAAAGAUAUUUCUCACAUGCUGUGUGAAUGGGGUAACAUAAUACUUAUAAUGUCUGACAAAUCAGCUUUGUGUAUUGGGGAGAAAGAUAUGGAAAGCAAACUGGAUAUGCUAUUCAAGAAAAAUCUUUAUACUGUGGCUAUCAAUCUUGUUCAAAGUCAGCAAGCUGAUGCUGCGGCAACAGCAGAAGUGCUAAGGAAAUACGGAGAUCAUCUAUAUAGCAAACAAGAUUAUGAUGAGGCGAUGGCCCAGUACAUCAACACUAUUGGUCACCUUGAACCUUCAUAUGUGAUACAGAAGUUUCUGGAUGCACAAAGAAUAUAUAACCUCACAAAUUACUUGGAAAAUUUACAUGAGAAGGGUCUUGCUUCUAAAGAUCAUACUACUCUUCUCUUAAACUGCUAUACCAAAUUGAAAGAUGUUGACAAGCUGAAUCUAUUUAUUAAAAGUGAGGAUGGUGCUGGAGAACACAAGUUUGAUGUGGAGACUGCAAUAAGGGUCUGCCGAGCUGCCAAUUACCAUGUGCAUGCAAUGUAUGUUGCAAAGAAGGCAGGGAGGCAUGAACUGUAUCUAAAGAUCUUGCUUGAAGACCUUGGCAGAUAUGAUGAGGCCUUGCAGUAUAUUUCAAGCCUUGAACCAAGUCAGGCUGGGGUUACUGUGAAAGAAUAUGGUAAAAUACUCAUAGAGCACAAGCCAGCUGAGACAAUUGAGAUACUGAUGAGGCUUUGUACUGAGGAUGGUGAAUCAGCUAAAAGAGGAUCUUCAAGUGGUGCAUACUUAUCUAUGUUGCCAUCGCCUGUUGAUUUUCUCAACAUUUUCAUGCAUCACCCACUGUCUCUUAUGAACUUUCUUGAAAAAUAUACUGACAAGGUGAAGGACUCUCCUGCUCAGGUAGAAAUUCACAAUACACUCUUGGAAUUGUACCUGUCAAAUGAUUUGAACUUUCCAUCAAUAUCACAAGCCAGCAGUGGUGUAGAUCUUUCUCUUAGUGCAAAGUCAGGAGCAGCUAGGAAAUCGAAAGCAGAAUCCAAUGGGAAAUUAAUUGUUGAUCAGAAAGACGCAUACAAGGAAAAAGAGCACGCAGAAAGGUGUGAGAAAGGACUGCGCUUGCUAAAGAGUGCAUGGCCAUCUGAAUUGGAACAUCCACUUUAUGAAGUUGAUCUUGCAAUAAUUCUGUGCGAGAUGAAUGGAUUCAAAGAGGGGCUUUUAUAUCUUUAUGAAAAGAUGAAACUAUAUAAAGAGGUUAUUGCUUGCUACAUGCUGUCCCAUGAUCAUGAGGGUUUAAUUGCAUGCUGCAAAAGGCUGGGAGAUACAGGUAAGGGAGGUGAUCCAUCUCUUUGGGCUGAUUUGCUGAAAUACUUUGGUGAACUAGGAGAAGAUUGCUCCAAAGAAGUGAAGGAAGUUUUGACUUAUAUAGAAAGAGAUGACAUCCUGCCUCCUAUUAUUGUUCUUCAGACCUUGUCCAGAAAUCCAUGCCUCACGCUCUCUGUCAUAAAGGAUUAUAUAGCUCGGAAGCUUGAACAAGAGUCCAAGCUGAUUGAUGAGGAUCGUCGAGCAAUUGAGAAGUAUCAGGAUGACGCACUGGCAAUGAGAAAAGAAAUUCAGGAUCUUAGGACGAAUGCAAGGAUCUUUCAGCUCAGCAAGUGCACUGCUUGCACUUUCACUCUUGAUCUUCCGGCUGUACACUUCAUGUGCAUGCAUUCAUUCCAUCAGCGUUGCCUUGGUGAUAAUGAAAGGGAAUGUCCUGAAUGCGCUUCUGAGUACAGAUCUGUUAUGGAGAUGAAAAGAAGUCUGGAGCAGAAUUCAAAAGAUCAAGAUCUGUUCUUUCAGCAAGUGAAGAGUUCUAAGGAUGGGUUCUCGGUGAUUGCUGAGUAUUUUGGAAAAGGGAUCAUCAGCAAAACCAAUAAUGGCCCUAAAGGAACUCAGAGGUCUAGGAGUUUGUCUUCCAGCAGUGGAUUCUGAUUUCCUUUGAGCGUUACUCAUUCUUGCUAUUUUAUGCAUUGCCUUGCAAUUUCUACUCAAUGUUGUUUGGUAGUUAGUUGGAGCUAGGUUUGAAAUGAGCUAAAAUUGUUCUUGCUAUAAUAGAUUUGCUUCUAAUAGGCUAAAGUUUGUUUACCCAAGUGAGCUUGCUGUCCAACUAAGAUAAAAUGAUGGUCCACUGGGGGAAUACUAUAGAGAUGCAUCCAUGGUUGUUAUCUGCAUUCUGUUUUAGAUUGAAAGUAAACUUCGGAUUUCCCAUGGAGGAACAUCAAAGCGAGGGUAUGUUUACAGCUGAAUUUUUGUUGCUUGAUUUCUCCUAAUGCACGGUUUCAUCAAGUGCUCUGUUUCUUCUUUUACCAUGCAAAAAGCAAAUGUAGAGGAACACCUUUGUGAAAUAAAUUCGGUUGUGUGUGGUUGUCAAGCUGUGAUACUGGUCAAAUUCUGUACAGUUGAAUAUUGAUUGUAUUUAUAACACACUUGAGUAGGUCAGAAGAGCAUGCCAUCUUUGGAAUUUCAAAUCA